CAUACGAGUCGGGCCUAGCGAGUGUGUGUCGCGCGGAUCAAACUUUCGUCGAGGACGCGUUUAUUCAGUGCAAUCUGUGGCGUUUCGUUUGUGUGGUGUGGACAGACACGUAUUCGUGUUCUCCUCUCUACGUACGCGCGUGCGGGACGCGUAAAACGAUGAAUGGCCACCAAGUGAGAGUGAAAACGCGGCCACGCUCGACCGGCUCGCCGACGGCGUGAAUCAUCGGCAACGCCGGCUGCGAACCUCAGAAGCCCACACAGUGCGACGCACGUUAUAGUCUCCCUUUCUCUCUUUCUUUCUCGCUUUUCGCGCGCGCGCGCGCGCGCGAGCGCGUGUUCCCUCCGACGCGUUCUCCCGUCCUAUCUCUUUUCCUGCGAGAGCAAUCCUCGUAUCCCGUGCCCACCACCUACGCAGGCGAGCGUUAACAGAGUUCUGGUUAAGGGACGGGUUAAUAAAUCCUCUUCCGAGAAUAGUCCCCGUGGUGAUCCACCGCCGGAGAAACGAGAAAGAGAGAGAGAAGCCGCGGAGUAGUAGCCCGUGUACGAAGGUAGCGGAGUGACAGCAAGUGACAGAAUGUCAACGACGGAGAACCAGAACGGCACCGCGGGCGGCGCGCAGAGCAACGGCAUCAAGACGCCCUCGUCGUCGUCGACGACGUCGUCCACGGCGUCGUCGGGCAUCUCGCCGUCCGGCGGUCGCGGCCUGCCGAACAACAGCAACUCGUCCUUCCUCUACAGCAGCAGCACGAUGCUGAGUCGCGAGAAGGCGCGGCAAGUGCCGCCGCCGACCCUACCCAAGUAUACCUCGAGCUUUAACGCCGGCUCGAACGGCGGCGGCGUCGGCACGGCUGCCGAGCGGCUCAGCAGGGACCGCGAGGCCGGCGGCAGCUAUAGACUCGCCAGCCUGGACAGGCUCGCCCUGCGACAGAGGAUACUGGACGGGGAGAAGGCGAACGGCGAGCCCAUCUCGAUUCAGACGAAGCGCGAGCUAUUCUUCAAGGGCGACGGCGCGGGAAUAAUCUCGUCGCCGUCGGUGCCGUCGGUGCCGCCGCCGCAGCCGCCGACGCAGACCCCCGGCUCUCAAAUGAACAACACGUCGUCGUCAUCGGCGACGAACACCACGACGGUUGGAGGUUUAACGUCGCCGAACACGGCGCCGGUGUACUCGAGCGGCAUCGUCGCGGCGAAACCGCGACUACCGUCCGCGGUCUCGACGGCGAUCCCGAACGACCCCUCGGAGGACAGCAACAGGCGCGAAUGCGCCCGGACCGUUAUAUCCAGCGCCAAGGAGGACAGCAACAAGGAGGCCGGUCUGCACCAUGCGCGACCCACGCCGUCCACCAAGCCCAAGGAACUCGACGGCUACGUCGGCUUCGCGAAUCUCCCCAACCAGGUGUAUAGGAAAGCCGUAAAGAAGGGCUUCGAAUUUACUCUCAUGGUCGUAGGGGAAUCAGGACUCGGCAAAUCGACUUUGAUCAACUCCAUGUUCCUGGCAGACAUAUAUAGCGCCGAGUACCCCGGACCUAGUCUCAGGAUAAAGAAGACGGUCGCCGUGGAAACCAGCAAAGUGCUAUUGAAAGAGAACGGAGUCAAUCUUACUCUCACGGUUGUCGAUACCCCCGGUUUCGGUGACGCUGUCGACAACAGUAAUUGUUGGGUGCCAGUAAUCGACUACAUCGAAUCGAAGUACGAGGAAUUUCUCAACGCGGAAUCCCGCGUAACAAGACGACAGAUCCCGGAUAGUCGGGUACACUGCUGCCUCUACUUUGUCGCACCCUCCGGCCACGGAUUGAAGCCACUCGACGUGGAGUUUAUGCAGCGUCUCCACGACAAAGUCAACAUUAUACCGGUUAUCGCCAAAGCGGAUACUAUGACGCCGGAUGAGUGCGCGCACUUCAAAAAACAGAUUUUGAAUGAGAUUGCGCAACACAAGAUAAAAAUCUACGAGUUUCCGGAGGUCGAGGAGGAGGAGGACAACAAAUUUCACAAGUUAUUAAGGGACAGAGUGCCGUUCGCUGUCGUGGGAGCAAAUGCCGUCGUCGAACAUGAUGGCAAGAAAGUGCGGGGCAGAAAAUAUCCGUGGGGAGUUGCGGAAGUCGAGAAUCUGGAACACUGCGACUUCAUAGCGCUCCGAAACAUGGUGGUAAGGACGCACGUGCAGGAUCUGAAAGAUGUGACGAACAACGUGCACUAUGAGAACUUUCGGUGUCGUACCUUGGCCGGUCUAGGUGUGGACGGCAAGCCGACAAAGGCCUCCAAUAAUUUGUGCCCUCCAGGAGUGAUGAACAGUUUCAUGAUGGUGUGGAAUCCGUUGGCGCAGCUGGAAGAGGAGAAGCGUGAACACGAUAACAAGAUGAAGAAGAUGGAAACUGAGAUGGAGCAAGUCUUUGAGAUGAAAGUGCGCGAGAAAAGGCAGAAGCUAAAGGAUUCCGAAGCGGAUUUACAGAGAAGGCACGAGCAAAUGAGACGUUCGUUGGAACAGCAAGUGCGAGAACUGGAGGAGAAGAGACGGGCGUUUGAGGCGGAGAAGACCGCCUGGGAGCAGCAGACCGGUCACAGUAUUGAAGAACUGCGUAGACGCAGUUUAGAAGCGAAUUCGAAAGAGACUGUCGACGGUAAAGAUAAGAAGAGCAAGAAGAAGGGCCUCUUCUAAUCGAUCUAUAAAAAAGAGAGAGAAAGGGAGCGGGCAGGAACGACCCGGCAUGAUUGUCAUACUUCCGGCAUCGCUAUAACUGAUGACGAGUUAGGUAGAUCCGAUCAGCGAUAAACUCGAUUAGCCCGCGAUAUAUAAGGGUCGGCGAUUUCGUCACGUGUUUAACGGAUACUAAAAUCGAAGAGGAACAGCUGCCGAAUUGGAUUCUGUAAAACAGAAUUUGCAAGGGAUCCACGCUUGGCUAUUCUACAUAUGGCUGGAUCUGCGGAUUGAAAAAUCAGAGCUCAUUGAACUGGGAGUUCGCGAAGACGAGAAAUGGUUCCCGGAGAUUCCGUGGAAUCGAGAAAGUAUGAAACUAAAAGUCUUCAGAGCCAAGGAACUGCGAAACAAGCAUCUUCGGUGCCGAGAGAUAUCAAAACAGAAAUCUAUAUAAGAAAAAUUGCAAUAAUUUAAGAAAAAUGUCUGGAGCAAAUUCCUAUAUAGAUUCAUCAAUCUAUGGAACUCGAAGAUCCGCGAUGCCUAGUUUCCGUUCAUACAAAGAUUCGCCGAUCCAAGAGUCCUGAAUGCAAAUUUGACUGAUUGCCGAUCAACUGGAUGCGCCGAUAUUAAUAUUCAGAGGAAAUAUACUCGUCGACGGAGAUCGUGCUAAAGUGUGUUUAGAUUUACGCGGAUGUCCUGCAUCGGCGAGAUGUCCGUUUCGUUUAUGCAAUAUGUGCUUCGUGCAAAUCUACGGACAGAAAGAGAGAGGGAAAGAACGUUCUCCACGACGAAAAAGGUGUGUCUGGCCAUGCUUUUUUGCGCUUCCUACUAGCAUUCAAAAGGAGAUAAGAGAGAGUGUAUGUAUGUGUGUGUGUUUGAAGGGAAGAAAACAAAAGGGAUGCACAGUCGUCCUUUCACGCUCAUUGGCGUUCAUCCACGACCAUCAUUUGCUUACGAUAACAACUGUACAAAAUAAUAAAAAGAAUCCACGUAGACGUAAUUUUUUGGAGAACGUAACUUUCGUAUUUUCCUCGGCGCAAGUGUCAGCUCCGUUUAAACCUAUGUAUCUUUCUGCGUAACACGAGAGCAUCAUGUUUGCCAUCCUCCGCCGAUCGCGAUUACAUUGUGCGUCAUGCGACUGGAUAGAGUUCACGGAACUCAUCAUAUCAAUAUCUUGGAAUGAGAUCAAUUGACCGUUCCUGAAAUAGAGAUGAGAACAUAUACACGGAUUUAUCCUGCUUUCAAAUGAUGAAAUCCAACCUUUGAUCUUUAAAUAUUAAUUAAUCACUAAUCUCAAUUAUUACGAUCAUAUGAUUGAACUUUACGAUUUGGGAUUAUUCGUCUAUCCGAUAAUUCAAAACAAUCAUGGUAGAAUUAUAAUUUAAUUUGUAAUAUUGAAUCAAAGAAUAUUCGAAAUUUUAUUGUGUCUUUUUAUUCUAUCAUUUUUCUUUCUUUUUAAGACUAUCAAAACAUCGACAGUUUUCAAAUACCAAGCAAAAAUAAAGAAGUUUUCACGAAUUCACUAACAAACAACAUCACAAAUAACAUUCUUGAAUUAAUUUUAAAUAGUUUUUAAUAAUAUUUUAACUCUUAAAAGAUAGAAAUGUAUUGAAACUUGAGUGAUCAAAAAGUUGUGAAAAAUUAUGGCGUUUGCUUUAAAUAUUGACCAAGCAAAAAUUUACGAUCUAUAUUAACAAUAUUGAAUAGAGAUUAAGAAAAUUGGCUUCCCAAAAAAAAAUCAUUGAGAUAAAAACAUCGUAUUUUUUGUAAUGUUGUAUGAAAUUAUACAAUUAUAGUCGCGUUGAUUUUCGAUUCUCGCAUUCUUAGCUUGUUCAACUCUCGAUUUUGGGCGGCGCGGCAAUAAAAUACGAGGAAGGAAAAGUGUGAUAUUUGCGCGAUUAGCACAAUCAUGUCGCAGAGGCAGGCUGAACAUGAUAUCGCACAAAACAGCGGCCAUAUAUUAUAUACGUAUAAAUAUAUAUAUAUAUUUAUGUAUAAAUCUCAAGCGAGAGAAAGCGUAAGCAUAAGUCUAAUCCAUGUAUAUGUACGCGUAAAACGCCGCGGCAGAGACGCGACGAAUCGAUUAUAUAUGAUAAGAACGGAUCAUUGUAUAAAUAUAGUAAAUCUAGGUGUGUUAUGUAUACCGCGAUUCGAGACAGUGCGCCUUCUCCUUCUCCCUGUGUGUUUAGAUCAAAGUCACUACGUUUAAAGAGAUCGCUACGGCGUAAAAUUAAUUCUGGGUUCCUUAUUACGAGCGCCGAGUCAUUUUCGGAACAGUAAUUUCUGUAUGAUUGUACGUACACGAACAACAUCGCUUUCGUCUCUGUUAGAAAACUAUUAUAAUUGCAGCAAAAAUAAAAAAUUUUUUUUUUUUUUUUUUGGAAAAUUAUUUUCCAGUAUAAUGAUUUUUUCUUGACAAAAAAGUGUGUAAUUAUUGGUUUUAUAAUAUUAGAAGUAAAAGAUUAAACAAAUAUGAAUUAAAACAACGAUUUUUUUAAGGCUUUUCUUACUCCGAUAAAGUGUUAUUCAAAAAAUGAUUGUAAUCAUAAGGUAGCCUGAAAUUAUUGACGUCGUUGAUGUUUAUACGAUUGACAUUUACAUUCGAAUCGGAGGCGCGCGCCGUCUGGAAUCUGUCCACGUCGAUAUGUUUAGGGGCUAAGCUACAAAUUAAGUUACUCCUGUGCCAAGAUGAGCGAGGGAAUGAGAGCAAUUUUCUAACGCUGUAGCGAGCGGUCUCUUCAGUUACCGCGAAGUGAAACACACGAGGUGUUCUUCGUGGGAAGAUUCCCCUUAGAUGCGUUUGAAGGGUUCAAGGGAUCACGUGCUCACAUUUAACCUUCCAACGAGUAUCUCAAACGCAUUCGAUUUCGUUUCUCUAGUAGCCAGAUGUUAGGUCUGGCGAGUUUGCUUAUUUGAUGUCACGUAAUUUAUUCUAAUAUUCGAUCUCAUGGGAAAGAGAUUUAUUUCUUUUUAAUUAUAUUCUUUCUAGAGAUUUCUAUUUCUUUGAAAUGUAUUCAUUUCUUUGUUAAAUAUAGAAAGUAGAACAGAAGAAGAAGCGGCUAAAAAGAACAGAUCUCGAGGAAACGAUGCGGAGGCCAGUAAAAAUUCGUUUUACGAUAAAAAGUCGUUUGACGAUUGUCUCUAUUAAUUUCUAUUCGAUAUCAUCAUUUUAUUUUAUCGCACUACACUUCCCCCGUUUUCUUCAUCUCGUGGGGAUGAAAAACGCGCGCGCCACAUUCCUAUUUUCUACGCAUUUUUCUAAAUAGGCUCGCCGGCUCGAGCGUGCGCCGAGAUAUGGCCAAUUAAUCUCUCGUUGGUAUACGUGUCGAGUAAUCGAAAGUAAGAUAAACGAGCGGAGCCAUGUUUAUGAUAGUAACGGAAAUACAAAGAUCCGAGAGAAAAAGGCGAGAAAGCAGAAAUCCAGGUUGUAGAUAUCCAAGAAUCGCGAAAAGCAUUUAUUAAAUAUGAGUUAUUUAAAAAAAUUUGCAAGAACUGUCAAAUAUACUUUUAGCAAAACUAUUGACAUUGUCGAGCUCUAAAUUUCAAUUAUCAAUAUAAUGAUAAUGAUGCAUGAUAGUGAUAUUGAACAUCGAUAUUAAUCAAUUACGGUGAUUAAUGCUGUGUUUCAGUUCAUAAAAUCUUAGUGUAGUUAAUUUCAUGCAUCAUCAAUCAACAUAUUCAAAUUGAGAGAGAGACUUUCUUUAACAUUUUAUUAGUGAUAUGGAAUCCUCUUGGAAUUUUGCUUCGCACAUUUUGCUCGAAUCGAAGUAGUCGAUUGUACUUAAUUAUCGUGUGAAAUUCCUGAUUGUUCUGCUUUUGCAGCCGAAGACGAUGUCGAGUCGGAUGAAGAAUGUUACUUAAGGUCAUAUCCCCAAGGUCAAGUGGCCAAGCGACGUUAUCGAUAAUUAUAUGUAUUUCUUAAUGAACGAUGCUUGUAAUACGGUUACUCAUAGGAAUAUUGUAAAGUGACUACUUUAUACGCGAUAAUCGAUGUGAUUACAUUAGUUCCGGGAAUGAAAGAUAAAGAAAGAAAAAAAAGAGAGAAAGCGAAAGAGAGAGACUGGCGAGGGAAUAGAUAAACGAAACAAAUUAUAUAUAUUUUGCCGUGCCAGACGAAAACGAAAGCUGCCGCCGCUAAUUGUAGAUGUAAUAACGACUCACUAUUGUAUCGCGACGAACACUUUAGAGAGAGUAUGUAUCCAGUAAAUUAUAUAUAAAACUAUAACAAAAAA